AUGGCUACCGAAAAGAGAUUUUACGAACCGCUACCACAAUUGCUGCGGCGCCGAACAGGUCAAGCGAUAUUGUCACUACUCUCUCUGAUCCUAGGAGUGUUUGCGGGCGUCGCUGCUGUUCGUUUCCUGUCUUCGCCCGCGUUCAAACCCGCUGGUCCACAUGGCUUCGGGACCUUCGAGCACGGCUUUGCGACCGAGCAGAUUUUGCCCAACGACCUGUAUCAGAUCGAACAGCGCCGUUUUUCAGGUGACGUAGACUGGCUACCGAGCGGCGAGGAGGUGAUGAACUUGCCUCCAUCAGAGCCAGCCUACGUAGGAGAUCCUACUCCUGCUAUCGACAAGGCUUGGGACGAGCUUGUUGGCCACAGAUAUUGGUCCAUCGCCGAAAGCGAGGCGAAGUCGCUCUGGGGUGUCAACCAUGUGCAAUAUCGCGAUCAUGUGAAGGGAGGCUACACUGGAGGAUUCGAUGUGUUCCACAUGCUACACUGCCUAGAUAUGAUGAGACAAAGGCUGUCGCCUGAAUACUACCUUCAUAUGCACGCCUACUCGGGCAUGGAGCAUGACAUGCAUUGCAUAGAACAGAUUCGCCAGCGCCUCCAGUGCUCCGCAGAUUCAACGAUCACGCCUGCAAAAUAUUUCGAGCACAAACCGGGCUGGGGCAUAGUCAGUGCGGUCUACAUUUGUCUUCUCACUCCGGGUCAUAUUCUCGCCAACGUUCUUGAAGAUGUAGCCAUCGCGCUUGUCGGGUUCAUCAUCAUCACAUUCGCCGAGUUGACAGUCUUCCUCAUCGGGGUCACAGCAGUCGUUGGCAUGGUCGCCUACGUAGCAUCUUAA